AUGUCCUGGCGAAUGUCCUGUCGCAUGUCCUGGCUGUGGUGUUGGCUGCUGGCUGGACUGACGCUCGGCUACGCCGGCAGCGGCUCAAACAUUCUGAUGAUUACCAUGGGCGGCACGAAAUCGCACAAAAUACCCUUCUGGGCAUUGGGACGAGCGCUUAUCAAGCGUGGCCAUCGGAUUACGUUUGUGAAUGGCUUUCAAGCGGAUUUCCAUGUGGAUGGACUGGUGGAGGUGACGCCGCAGCGACUCGUUCAAUACAUAAGCAACUACACGGACUGGGAUUUGGUGGGCGCACGUUAUACGGGCCACGCCCCACUCUCAAUGGCCGAUGCGAUGCGUUAUCCAAUUGAGGCGUGCAACAGUUUGCUCACCGAUCCUGCCACACAACGUCUGCUGGCUGGACACACCCAAUACCAGUUGGCGAUUGUGGAUGGGGCAUAUCCGGAGUGCGCGCUGGGCAUUGUGCAUCGGUUAAAUGUAACGGCAUUCAUCUAUAUCAAUACGGUGGCCUUCUACACCGGAAGCGUCUCGUUGGCCGGCAAUCCGGUUGCGUAUGCUGUCACGCCUCACGUCUUUGGCUCUUGGACGCUGCCCAUGGACUACUUGCAGCGUGUGGCAAAUUGUUUAACUCAUGUUAUUGCCGAUUUGCUGCACUGGCUCUGCAUGCAGUGUGUGCAUCGCCUGCUGCGCCAUCAUCUCGGCAAGGAUGUGCCGCAUCCCUAUGUGUUGGGCCGUGAGGUUUCGUUCAUUUUGCAGAAUUCUCACCCGAGUGUGCGCUAUCCGAGCGCCCAUUUGCCCAAUGUGGCGGAGGUGGCUUGCCUGCACUGCCGCCGUGCCGCUGUCAAUCUUAGCCAGCUGGACGCUGAGCUGUCCGAGUUUAUGGAGGCAGCGCCCGACGGCGUUAUUUACCUCUCGAUGGGCUCCUCGGUCCGUUCGGCCCGGCUGCCAGCGGGGCUGUGCGAACUGUUUGUCGCGGUCUUUGCGCGUCUGCCGCAGCAGCACGUGCUGUGGACGUGGGCGGGCAACGCCACUGAGCAGCUGCCCCAGCUGCCGGCCAAUGUGCUUGUACGCCCCUGGCUGCCCCAGCAGGACAUUCUGGGCCAUCACCGACUCCGUCUAUUCAUUACACACGGCGGCCUGCUCAGCCAGCACGAGGCUGUCUUUCACGGUGUGCCGCUGCUUGUGCUACCAGUUUUCUGCGACCACGAUGCCAAUGCCGCUCAGGCCCAGCACGACGGCUAUGCCAGGCAACUGCAGCUCGCACAUCUGGACGAGGAGGCGCUCUAUUGUGCCAUCUACGAUGUACUGCAUAAUGAUGGCUAUCGGCGAGCCGUCAGACAACGGCGCGCUUUGAUCCACGACCAGCUGGCCACGCCCCUGCGGCAGGCCGUCUACUGGACGGAGUAUGUGAUACGGCACAAGGGCGCCAAGCAUCUACAGCAUCCAGGCAGGCAUAUGAGGUACUUGUUCGACAGGCCGUCUAGUCAAUAUACUUUCUUUGUUUGGAGAGCCUCAAUUUCGGACCAAAUUAACAAUUGA